AUGGCCGGAGAUAAAGAAACUCAUAAUACGACCAAUAAUUUGGACUCAACCAACCCGUUGUACAUGCACCCGUCAGAGAGUGUCGGAACGACAUUGGUACCUGUUGCCUUUGAUGGAACUGGGUACAGAUCUUGGAGAUGGGGAGUUCUCAGAGCGUUAUCCAUGAAGAACAAGGUUGGAUUCAUUACCGAAAAAUGUAAGAAGCCUAAUACUGAUGAUACGACUUAUAAUCAGUGGGCUCGAUACGAUGACAUGGUCACGUCGUGGAUCCAAAACUCACUUUCAAAUGACUUGGCUGAUAGUCUACAAUAUGUCAGUGAUGCUAGGGAAUUAUGGCAAGAACUGAAAGAUAGAUAUGAUCAAACUAAUGGAGCAAAAUUGUAUCAACUGCAGAAGGAAAUUAACGACCUUAGCCAUGGAGCUUUGGAUAUCACAGGCUAUUACACAAAAAUAAAAAGGCUUUGGGAGGAAUUAAAUACACUGAAUGCACAUGCAUAG